AUGAGUAACGAAGAUUAUGGAUAUGAUUACGAUUAUCUGUUUAAAAUAGUAUUAAUCGGUGAUUCCGGUGUUGGUAAAUCUAAUUUGUUAUCCCGUUUUACUACUAACGAUUUCAAUUUGGAAUCAAAAUCAACAAUCGGUGUUGAAUUUGCCACAAGAACAAUAGAAGUUGAAAAUAAAAAAAUCAAAGCACAGAUCUGGGAUACUGCAGGCCAAGAACGUUAUAGAGCCAUAACUUCUGCUUAUUACAGAGGGGCAGUCGGCGCAUUGAUCGUAUAUGAUAUUUCAAAACAAUCUUCAUAUGAAAACUGUAAUCAUUGGUUAACUGAGUUGAGAGAAAAUGCAGAUGAUAACGUUGCUGUUGGUUUAAUUGGUAACAAAUCCGAUUUAUCACAUUUAAGAGCUGUACCAACUGAGGAGGCAAAGAAUUUUGCACAGGAAAACCAAUUAUUAUUCACUGAAACAAGUGCUUUGAAUAGUGAAAAUGUCGAUCAAGCCUUCAGAGAAUUAAUUACCUCAAUAUACCAAAUGAUCAGUAAACAUCAAGUAGACUUGGGCUCCGACAACAAUGGCUCAGGCAAUGGUGCAUCGAAUAACAUUAAAGGACCAACUAUCAGUUUGACACCAACUCCAAACGAAAAGACAAAAUCUUCUUCUAACAACUGCUGUUAA